UAUAACACCAAUAUCACCCUUGCUCACCUCUCUUUUCCCCUCUAUACCUCCUUGAGAAGUCUUAGAUGCUGAAUAUCAUGAAACUAAGCACUCUGUUCCAUUGAAAGUCGAGUCCUUCGGAUAUAUCGGACCAGUGCAGCCACCCCAGAUGGACGUCGGCCACGGUGGCCUGCGCCGGCAGGCUUUCUCCAAGCUCGCCCUUCUAUCCUCCCGCCCGACUUCCAAUAAUGAGACCGACUUUCAACGUCUGUUCACCUCAAUCCCUGUCCCCAAACCCCAGGCCAAUGGCGUCCUCGAUGGUGUCUUUCGAGCCAUUGCCCCAGUGUCUAGAACCCGCAUGUCUCUUCGAGAACUCGAUAUUAUACUCGCUCUAUGUGCUAGCGCUCAAGACCUACACAACUAUGAACACGCAGAAAGAUUGGUCUCCCAGCUCGCCGCUUACCUUCCUGAAGCACACACCCAGCUCUUCGCCCCUUCUCCCUUUAUGCAUGAGAUCAAACCCGCUCCAUGGACCGCCUUGACUUUCCAGCUCACCAGCGCCCUCCUUGUACUUGGUUUGAGGUUCUCUCCACUCAAAACAAAAGUCGCACAGGCUGUCAACCUCUACCUGCACCACUGGUCAGAGUCUGCGACUGCUCUGGCUUCAAUUGCCUUUGGUGAGCAUGACGACGACAAUGAGCUGGAAGCACAGGAAGUCGCUGCUGUCACCGUCUCUCUCGUCGGCUUCAUGCAAGCUGCCGCAUCUCACGAAAACUUUUGGUCCGCCUAUGAACGAGUCGAGAUGAUACGCUCGAUUCGAGACUCCCUUUCUCCCUCUCUUCUGAUCGCUUUGGAAACCGCUUCUUCCGCCAUACGCCAUUCCGUGUCCUCAGGGCAAGGCACCAGAGAUUGGAGAAAAUACCUCAAGCGGUUCGCCGCCCAGGGUACUCCCGUCGGGGCAAUGAUGUUACAGAAAGGCUUCAUGCAACUGGUCCUCGCCUGCACCGCUCGUAUGCUGUGUGACGACCACACGGUUGAAUGUGGAGAUAUUCUUGAUCAGUACAUCGCUGGGAGACAUUUGGGUCGAGCCAAAGAUGACCUCGUCACCGAUGACAUGGUCGAAUACCUUGUCGAUGUUAUCACUGACCAAAUCAACGUCUUAGAGGACGGUUCGGACUAUCUCCAGCUGAGCUCAGCUUGGCAACAACGUCUCGCGUUCUCGGUCAAGGCCUACGCUUUUGAAGCCUACCUUCAUUGCGUCGUCCUAAAUGACGACAUUGCAGAUCCCGAAGAUCUUUUCAAUUGGAUUGAAGAUACCAUCGAAAGCCAGGUCCAGAUGGCAGACUUGCAACUUGCAGAUGUUGCUUUGAAGGCUUUAGCUGUUAUUGCAAAGUACAUUCCGGAGUCCACCUCCAACUAUGCUCGCAUCCUCCUGCGGUUCAUUGUUCAGGGCACCUCUCAUCCUCGUGCUGUCACCAUUGCGGCCCAGAGCCUAUCACACAUCCUCAGGUUGCUUUCUCAAGAUGCAGUCAUCACCACCAUCUACUCUCUAGGUAAUGUGCUCAGCUCUCAAGCAGGCUCAGAAAAGGCACCUCAUCCAUUUGCUCUGGCCGAUGGCAAUGGACAUCACCCAUCGUUAUCUUCCGCAUCAAGGCUGCGGACCGGCUCUGUCAUAUCUUUGUCAAUUAGCGGAGAUGAAGAGACUUCUCUGGUGUGUGGAAACGUUGCGCAUGCCAUUGUUGUCCUUGCCGCCGAAUGUGACGACAGCAGAAUAACUGCCUUGGUUCAAACCAUGAUGUUGCAGAAGAUUGGUCGUGUCAGUGUCAUGGUCGAUGCCCGUAUCAUUGAAGAGGCCGCUAAACUGGCCAUUCAUGGCAAAGAGAAUGAAUUCAGGGCUCUCCUAAGGUUGUAUACACGUCUUCACCAUGAAGCGGUCAUUCAGGAGAAUACCAUCGUUUUGGAGGCGGUCCGGAAGGCUCGGGACUAUCUGGCCACGAAUCUUGAGGCCAGAUCACCUCUUUUCAAGAUCUACGCCACACACUUGCUUGAAAGAAUCAUUAGCAAAGGUGAUGUGGUGGAAGGAGAAUUCAAACAGUCUGCCGAGGUUGAACAGGCGGCCAAAGAGAUAGCACCUCUUCUCAAGCCACUUUCCGUUCUAGCCUCUCGCAGGCCCACCCUCAACCAAGACAGCGGUAUUCCAGAUGACCCAGAAAUUCUAGCGUUGGCUCGCGAUGUCUGGUACAAUAUCGCCGUCCAUGGAAUAACCCUUCAGUCCCGUAUUGGCCAACAGUACUAUCACGAGCUUCGCGUGCUCGCCCUGCAUUCCUUUCCAUUGGUUGAUGAAGACCGCGCAGAGCUUCUUGAAGCUGAUGUCGAACUCAAUACGGUUCUGCGAAGAGGCAUGAGCACGCAACAUACCGCUGACCAGAAGAAAAAUCUGGUUGCCGUUAUCCCUUCGAGGGAAGCUGAAAUCCGACAACUGAGCUAUCAAAAAGUGGUAUUUCUCAAUGCAGUCUUCCUGGUGGAAAGCCUUCGCGCCACCUCCGGCAGUUGUGCUGAAAUCUUGGAUUAUUUUGCUGACCCCACACUCCAAUCAAGCCACAUGGGCUCCUGUCUGGGAGCUGUUGCCGCCGAGGUUGUCAAACGGUACACCGAGAAGGUGGCAUCCGCAAAGGAGGAUGAAUUUAGUGCUCCGUAUGUCUCAAGGCAGCUCGCUCGAUUCUUGAGCGGAUCCUGCAACCGGAGCAGCAAGAUGCAGGAGGUCGCCCGUGCAUCGGCCAACCAGAUCAUCCAUUCCGCUCCCUCGGCUCUCUGUCAAAAGUCUGCGCUCUUCGCCUUGUUGGAACUGCUCUCUUUGAUGUGGUCAAGCUGCCUAGAAGCUGACUUCGACGAGUAUUCAUGGCGUCCAAAACUUACAUCUACCAGGGGCAAGAUUACAAUCGAGCUUUCUGAUAAUUAUUCACUUCGACAGCAAACCCUUCAAGCGCUGUACCAUGACGCUCGAAGGUGGGUGACUGGGGCAAUGGGCAUAGCACCAUUAGACGUCAAAGGUCUCCUUCAGACCUAUCUGUCGGAGUUUGAUGAUACAGGUGCCUAUGGUCAUGUCUCUCUUGGCAGAUCAUUCGCCCUCGAAAUGGGCUCAAUGAUUCCUCCUAUGGACCAUCGGCUCAACGUACUGGACAAAAAGGCAGAGCCGGCCAACAUCAACAUGGCAUCAGAUUUCAUGGCGCAGUACACUACUCGUCAAGAAUACCGAUUCACCGGUAUUCCAGAGCAUCAGCGCGGCCUCCUUGCCAUUGACAGCGCUACGGGGCGACGUUCGUCGUUUGGCCCGUCUGGAGCCGACGGCACCAAACCCCUGCUCGUCGCCUUGACCAAUUUACACAGAAGGGCUAGCCAGCACGCUUCGAUGCACUUUUCCGAAGUAAAAGACGUCCUCCGGAGGGCUGCUGCGCUACUGUGCCAGAGUAAGAAGUCACAAACCGCAAUUGUUCAUCAUCUUGUCAGCAUUCCUUUCGACAUCUUCACCAAAGACUCUAUUAAACUGGGUAUCUCUUUGUGGCUUGGGGUCAUUCAUGAAAAUCCAAGAAUGGAGUCGCGGAUUCUGACAGAAGUUGUCCUGGCGUGGGAGCGAACCAUCGACAGAAGACAAGGCAUUUUCAAUGCAAGCUUCAAUCACCUAGACCCUUUUUACGUCAAAGAGGAGUUCGCUCCCUCUGACAAAGCUGCCCUCCAAAACCAAGCGCAGGUUGCUCACGACAUCAUCUCGCCACACUUCAGACUGAUCCAGUUCUUCGAAAGCCAUUACAAUGCCAUUCGACUCGGGAGCGCCAACUCUCAGAGGACUUUCGUUCGCAUGCUGGAGCGUACUCUCCAAGGCUUCAGGAAAUUGAAAUGGCACCCUUUAUUGAGAGAAAUACUAUUUCAUAUGGUUUUAUUUGCGCUGCGUGUUCUCAACACGAGUACGUGCAUCUCGCGACUCGAUAUGUGGAGAUUGCGCGAUGUAACCCUAUCAGUUGGCCUACGAUGGUUUUCGAACCCUCAAGGUUGGGGAUUUGGUGGUAACCGUCUGCAGAUGAGGGCGGAGGUGCAAGUCAUGGGAGAGGUGCUUGGGGUUCUGGCCACGUCUAAACACCCCAUCUUCGCAUCGUCCGCUACAAGAAAGGACCCAUUGCAAAAGCACGAGUUGCUCGAAACCUUGAUUGCAAAUGAAAUCAACCGUUUGACUGUCUGGCUGAAUCCUUUGGGCGCGGGAGGCCAGUCUCAUGCAGAGACGCAGCUUACAUCGUACGCUCGGACAGCCUGGGCGGAGGAUCCAGCUCUUGCUCUGCAACUUCUGAACAGAUCUGCCAACGAGAACUUGAAGCGCGACAUUCGCUUCCUUCUCAUGAACUUCCCCGAAAAGGCAGUCGAUUGCCCCGGCGCCCUCGAUGUCCUUCUUGGGAAUGCACUGCCUUCUGACGUUUCCUUCCAAUUAAAGUACUUGUUGUACUGGAGUCCAGUGAACCCAAUGCAGGCAGUGACCUAUUUCUUACCAGCAUUCGGCAAUCACCCAUUGGUCCUCCAGUAUGCGAUGAGAGCACUCGAAAGCCAUUCGGUCGACGUGACUUUCUUCUACGUGCCGCAAAUUGUACAGAGCUUGCGUUAUGAUGCUUUGGGCUAUGUGGAACGAUAUAUCAUCGAGGCUGGAAGCUUAUCACAGCUCUUUGCGCACCAAAUUAUCUGGAACAUGAAAGCAAACGCUUACAAGGACGAAGACUCACAAGUGCCUGACCCUGUCAAGCCCACGCUGGACAAAGUGAUGAACAGUUUAGUCUCGAGCUUUUCAGGCCAAGACAAGGAUUUCUACGAACGAGAAUUCGCGUUCUUUGCAGAAGUUACUGACAUCUCUGGCAAGUUGAAACCUUACAUUAAAAAGUCCAAACCCGAAAAGAAGGCCAAAAUUGAGGAAGAACUCCGCAAAAUUCAGGUUGAGGUGGGGGUGUAUAUUCCCAGCAACCCUGAAGGGGUGGUCGUGGGAAUUGACAGAAAAUCAGGCAAGCCGCUUCAAUCUCAUGCGAAGGCGCCAUACAUGGCGACCUUUAGGAUACGCAAAACGCGAGAGGCAUUAGCUGGGACCGAGACCAGUGCAGGCGACACCGGCGUGCUCUCACCAACCGUUUCACGCCGGGGUCAUAGUCGGGGGAACACGAGCGACAUCUCCAACAUGGGAUUGAAUGAUAGCAGCACAACAACAUAUGAGAUUUGGCAGAGUGCAAUAUUCAAAGUGGGCGAUGAUUGUCGUCAAGAUGUGCUUGCGCUUCAAAUGAUUGCAGCGUUUCGGGGCAUUUUCAACUCGGUGGGACUGGAUGUCUAUGUUUUCCCAUAUCAUGUGGUUGCGACUGCUCCUGGGUGUGGUGUCAUUGAAGUUUUGCCCAACUCGAUCAGUCGCGACAUGCUCGGUCGUGAGGCAGUGAACGGGCUUCAUGAUUACUUCAUCACCAAGUAUGGCGGGGAACAUUCAAUUCGUUACCAGGAGGCGAGAAGUGAGUUCGUCAAGAGCAUGGCUGCAUAUUCAGUUAUCAGCUACCUUCUGCAGUUCAAAGAUCGCCACAACGGCAAUAUCAUGAUCGACGACAAAGGACACGUUUUGCACAUUGACUUUGGGUUUUGCUUCGACAUUGCGCCCGGUGGGGUCAAAUUUGAGCGAGCACCGUUCAAGCUGACCCCAGAAAUGAUUGCGGUCAUGGGAGGGAGCAACUCAAAUGCGUCUCAGUCAUAUCGGUGGUUUGAAGAGCUCACUAUCAAAGCCUUUCUCUGCGCACGCCAAUACUGUGAGCAGUUGAGUCAUCUGGUCAGCUUGAUGCUCGACAGCGGGUUGCCUUGCUUCAAGCCAGAAACGAUGAGGAACUUCCGCAAUCGGUUUGUGCUGGAGAAGACCAACCGCGAGGCGGCGGAGUACAUGCUUGGGUGCAUCAAAAAGAGUGCAGGCAACUACUCUACAAAGGUUUAUGACGAGUUCCAAUUGUUGACCAACGGUAUACCUUAUUGAGAGGGUUGACGCUGGCUGCAUGACGGUUGUGUCGGUCCUAGCGUGGGUAGACAGUAUUUGAAACAUCUAAU